AUGAAGACCAAAGAAGAGGAAGGCACGGAAAAAGAUAAUGAGCCACACACGUGCACUCAUCAGCCACAGCCGACCGGAGGCUCUGAAUUUGUAAUAAGCCCUGGGAGGGUAACCCCCAUACUUCGCGAUAACCUCGGGUUUGGCACUUUAUCUUCUCUCGUCUUCUCUCCCUCUCCUCUCCGAUCAUACUUGAUGUUCUCCCGCACCUCCUCCUUGACCGUCCUGAGCAGAAGCUGCCGCUAUCUCCUCCGCCCGAACAAUAACAUCCAGCGAGCUUCAUUUUCCCUCACCGCGCGCUCACACGCUGCCAUCAACGCUGCUAUGGCUGACACAUCUGGAAUCACCGCGGACUCGCUGAAGAACAAGUUGACUGAAGUGCUGCAGGCGCAGCAUGUGGAGGUUGAGGAUCUAUCCGGCGGAUGUGGACAGGCUUUCCAGGCUGUGAUUGUUUCCCCUCAAUUCGAGAGCAAGACUAUGCUUGCGCGACACCGGCUCGUCAACUCCGCCCUCAAGGCCGAAAUCGCUGCUAUUCAUGCUUGGACACCCAAGUGCUAUACCCCCGAGCAGUGGCAGGCUCUGCAGCAGUAA